AAACUUCAGUUGUUCUAUGUCAUUGCAGUAGGUGCUCUCCGCCUGAGCAACCGGAAGUGCAUCUCCAGUAUGGCAGGUGAAGCUGGAAAGGGACGCCGGUCACCUCAAAUUGUAGCAGUCAUAUUAGUCCUGAGCUGUUUGGCCCAGAGUGCAACUUGUUUUAGCUUGGGAUGGCUGACUGAAAACGCUAAGCAGGGCAAAGUCGCUAGUGAGGCCACAGUGAUGGAAGUGAGGACUGGAAGCAUUUUCUUCAAUGGAAAAGAGCUCAAGUCCCAGUCUGCCUCUGCUGCUGCCACAGGGAAUGAUGGAUUGCUGCACGUUAACAUGGAUGAAUCAGGUGGCUCAGUGAUGUUGGAGCCGAUGUUUCAGCUCAAGAACAUCUCGGCCAAUGAAGAAGCAUGGAGGCGCUUAAAUCUUACUCUGCACUGUGUUUCGGACAAGAUGAAGUUGAGAGCAAUGGGAGCUGGAGCUUCUCACUUAAAGCUAGACAUGGGCAACACCAGUCCCCUGCCUUUGACCCAGGUGCCUGAAACCUGCCGUUUCUCUGUUAAGCAAAAUGCACUGGGUCUUGUUUUGGAGGUUCCCUACAAUGGAUGCAAUGUGACACAAGAGGAUGGCAAGUACUUGUUGCCAAUGCACUGGCUGGACACUCUGGUUAAACUCACCUGCCCGAUGUCGACAAGUUCUGAUCGGACAUCUGCUUCGACGACCCUCAAGCCUGAUCAGCAGCCAUGGCAACUUCCCGUCCCUCACGGGCUUCAGAGCCUGAAUCGUCGUAAGCGUCAGGCAAACCAGCCCCUGCCAGUCUACGAUCCUCGUCAUCCAUAUUAUCACUAUUGGUGGUGGUACUACUACAACAUGUAUAUGAUGCAACAAACACCAGCUCCUAGCACUGCUACCACUACUGCCACCCCCAGCACAACUACAUCUACAGUCACACCCUCUCAAACGAUUCCUCCUGCAUAUCCUUAUGUGUACUACCCUUACUAUUACCCCUAUUAUUACUACCCUCCAUAUACACCAGUGAUGACUACUACAGUGCCACCGACUACUACAGUGCCACCAACUAUUACAGUACCACCAACUACCACUGACACAUCUACCGGUGGAAUGACCACAUCUGCUCCAACAACUGUUCCCACGACUGUUCCCACAACUGUGCCCACGCCUGCUCCAACAACUGUUCCCACGACUGUUCCCACAACUGUGCCCACGCCUGCUCCAACGACUGUGCCCACGACUGUUCCUAUGACCAUGACCACGCCCGCUCCAACGCCUGCGCCCACAACUACAUCUGCCCCUAAAACAACCAAAGCCUGCACCACAAAGCCCACUGAUGGCCAAUAUCCAGGCACAAUGAAACCAUUUGUUCCUUUUGAGCAGUCCCAGUUUGUUCCAUAUGUCGUCUACAAGAAGGAUGGUAAGGUGCCAUAUGACAUGAAAUCCAUGCCUCAAGCUGGCCACAAAUCUGGACCCGAAGCUCGAGCACAGCCACCCCCACAUCCAGACUUCAGCUACUGGCAGUCUGCACCUUGGUUUCCCCAACAAACAGGUCAAGACUUUCAUCAGUUGGUCUGGCAAAAUCUGCUCCCUAAACAGACCUAACUCCAGAUGGGGCUGGUGUCCUGGUAAUCUGAACAUUGAAUAAACCUGUUUUACUUAGAA